AUGCUCAGUAAUUGGUUGUUGUAUAUUUUUGCAACUAUUAUUGCAAUAUUAUUUUUUAAACCUUACGUUGAUGAAGAGCUGUUAGCAUUAACAGGAUAUCAUCGCGUAGCAAUAUUUCAUCGAAUAUAUUCCUUACGAAAUAAACUUUUACCAUUUCUACAUCCUGGAUCCAUAACAAUGGAUCCAGAUUCAAAAGCAUUAGAUGAAUUAAUUUCACUAUAUCAUCCAAAACUUGAUUUAAGUGAAAAUUUAACAAAGAAUGAUAUUGAAGAAUUUCGUUAUCAUUCAAAACGAAUAUUAACUGCUUUAUUUCCAGCAAAAUCAUCAUCUUGUCUUAUUCAACAUCAUAUAUUACAAUAUAAUACUAAUCAAAUACAUAUGUAUUAUAUACAACAUGAAAAAAUAAAUGAUUGGAAAUAUUCAAAUCAAUCAAUAAUUCUUUAUUUUCAUGGUGGUGGAUUUGUUUUUGGUGAUAUUGAUACAUAUUCUUGUUUUGAAUGUCAUCUAUCAAAAUCUCUUAAUAUGUUAAUACUUCAUGUUGAUUUUCGUCUUAUACCUGAAUACUCUCUUGAAGAAACUAUUGAAGAUGUAAUUAAUAUUUAUAAAAUAUUACUUGAUGCUGAUUCUAAUAUUCAUCGAAGAUUAAUUGGAAUGGGUGAUUCAUCAGGUGGAAUGCUUUGGAUUUAUCUUUUACAAUGGAUUAUAUCAAAUAAUAAACCAAUUCCACAAGGUGUUAUUUUACAUUCUCCAUGGCCUAAUCUUGAAUAUUUCGAUAAUGUUAGAUUCUCAACUGAUAAUUAUUUAUCAUUUAGACUUGUAUACAAUUUAAGACAAUUAAUAAUUGGUAAAGAUGCUGAUUGGUUUGAAAUGACUGAUGAGCAACUAAGUAAAAUAAGUCCAAAAGGUAAUUCAUACAAAGGAUUUCCACCACUUUAUAUAACAGCUGGUACAAAUGAAAUAUCAAUUGAUGAAAUUCGUGAUAUGACUAAGAAAAUGAAAUUAUCAGGUGUUGAAAUUACAUUAGAUGAAGGUGAAGGAUUGAUGCAUACAUAUGCUUUAUUUCAUAUGUGGUCACCUCAAAGUAGAUGUGUUCAAGAGAAAAUUCAUCAAUGGAUUCGAAAACAAUUGUUAAUUGGAAUGCAAUCAAAAUCCAAUGUAAAUAGGCUUACAACAAAUCCAUAG